UUUAUGUCAUCUAUAGUGAGAUAGGUGUCGCUGGUGUGAGUGACGUCAGUAAGCGCUCCUUCUUUCAUCAGCGGCUCACUGUGUCCUCGUGGUCGCUGCACUCGACAAAACUAAGUUAAAGAUGAAUGCAGAGAAAUUGGCAAAGCUGCAGCAGCAGGUGCGUAUUGGUGGGAAAGGCAGCGCAAGAAGGAAGAAGAAGGUCGUCCACCGCUCAUCAGCGACAGAUGAUAAAAAACUCCAGAAUUCCCUCAAAAAGCUAACAGUCAACAAUAUUUCAGGCAUUGAAGAAGUGAACAUGAUUAAAGAUGAUGGCUCUGUGAUACACUUCAACAACCCAAAGGUUCAGGCAUCAUUAAAUGCUAAUACCUUUGCUGUAUCAGGUCAUGCUGAAAGCAAGCAAAUAACAGAGAUGUUGCCAGGCAUCUUAAAUCACCUUGGAGCUGAAGGAUUUAAUCAGCUCAAGCGGCUUGCUUCAUCAGUCAGUGCUGGAAAUGUAACUGCUGGUGGCAUUGAUGAGGACGAUGAUGAUGUGCCUGAACUUGUUGAAGACUUUGAAGCUGCUAGCAAGACAGAAACAGCUGACAUGGGGAAAUUAACAGCACCAAGUCAGGGGCUAGUUAUAGAGGAUGUUAAGGAGGACCUUGAUGAUGUGCCAGAACUAAUAGAAGCAGGACAGGAGACCAUGGAGGAGUGUACCCCAACAAAGGAGGACAAGAUUCAAAAUGAGGAAACUCUUCCUGCUAAGGAUGAAGAUAAACUUCAUAUUUGUGUUCACGAGGAUAAGACAGAGGCUUCAUCUACUUCUGAGAAGAAACCAACCCCUUUUAGCAGUGAGACAGAGGCCAAGACAGUGUCUUCUUCCCCAAGCAAUGAAGAUAAGAAAGAAGCAUCUUACCUUAGCAGUAAGGCAGAGGAAAAGCAAGAAGCACCAUCCCCUAUCAGUAAGGAGGCAGAAAAGAAAGAAGCACCAUCCCCUACCAGUAAGGAAGCAGAAAAAAAAGAAGCACCAUCCCCUACUAGUAAGGAGGCAGAAAAGAAAGAAGCAUCAUCCCCAAAUAAAAAGAAGGGCUCUAAAGAAGAUCCGAAGAAAAAAGGAAUUCACGCAUCUGGUAAGAACACUGACAAAAGGUCUGCACCUGGUGAAGACUUGCAGGAGCAGGCUGUGCCAUCUGUUGAGGAGACAAAGAAAAAAAUGGCUCCAGCCAGUGCCAAGGAAGCCAAGAAAAAACCAUCCUCUGGCAAGGAAGAAACAAAAAAGACAGCGGUUCUGGACCAAGCUAAAGUAACAGCUGAAGCAGCAGGUACCACAUGUGUUGAAGUAGUCAAUGAAGUAGCCAGAGCCCCAGCUGAGGGAGAGGACAAAGAGGUGGCUGUUCCAGCUGAGGUUAAAAGGGAAGCUGCUCAAACGAAGGGACAGUCCAAAAAAGAUGCUGUUCAAACAAAAGGACAAAAAAAGGAAAGGGCAAAAAAGGAGGUUGCUCAGUCAAAAGGGCAACUUAAAAAGGAGUCUGCUUCAGCGAGAGCUAGGGAAGAGGUAAAAAAAGAGGCUGCUUUGGUACCUAAGAAUGAACCUGAUGCUACUGAAGCAGGUACUAAGGAUGAACUCAAAAAGGCAGAUUUCCAAGCACAUACUCAGGAGGAGCCUAAGGGGAAGUCUAUUCCAGUGCCCUCUGAGGAUGCCCACAAAAAGGCAGCUAUUCCAUCCCCUGCUAAAGGUAAACCCAAAAAGGAGGUUGUCCCAGAACCUGCCAAGGAUGAACCUAAAAAGGAGGAUGUGUCAGUACUUGCUGAGGGCAAACCUAAAAAGGAGGCUGUCCCAGCAUCUAAGGAAAAACCCAUGGAAGCUGAUGAAGCACUUAAAGAAGAACCAAAUAAGGUGGCUACUACAGCAUCUGCUAAGGAAAACCCUCAGAUAGUAGAUGCAAAAGUAAUGGUUGCUGCUACUGCUAAUGAAGCUGUUUCUACACUUGCUGCCCCUACAGUGAAGGCUGCUGAGACAAUUCUAGUUACUGCUGAGGAGAUUGUUCCAACUCUUAUUACUCCUGUUGAAGAGAUUGCCCUAGCUCCUGCUGAGGGAGCCACUGGAGCUGCUGCCCCUGCUGAGGUGGUGGUUGCUGCUGCUACUACUAUCCCAGCCAAGGAGACUGCCACUGCUGCUACCCCAAUUAUGGAGACUGCUGCUGCUGCUACCCCAGCUAUGGAGACUGCUGCUGCUGCUACCCCAGUUAUGGAGACUGCCACUGCUGCUACCCUAGCCAAGGAGACUACUGCUGAUGCUACCCCAGCUGUGGAGACUGCCGCUGCUGCUACCCCAGCUAUGGAGACUGCUGCUGCUGCUACCCCAGCUAUGGAAACUGCCACUGCUGCUACCCCAGCUAUGGAGACUGCUGCUGCUGCUACCCCAACUAUGGAGACGGCUGCUGCUAUUCCCACACUUGCUGAAGAGACUGCUGUUGCUACCCCUCCCCCUGCUAAGGAGCCUGCUACUCUUGCUGCAAAUGAAACUGCUGCAGCAGUUCCAGUUGCUACACCCACACAAGUCCCAGCUUCACUUCCUACUGCACCAAGUACAACUUCAGCCGUUGAGAAAGCUGCUGUAGCACUGGAGAAAGAGGCCAAGAUUGAGGAAGUUGCAGUUGAAGAAAAAACAGAGGUGAAACCAAAGGAAAAGACAGAAAAAGAAACACCCAAGGAAGAAAUUGAAGAGAAAUCCACGAAGUUAGGGGAAGUAUCACAGUCGGCAGAUAAGCGUGCUGAGGAAUAACGUGCUUGGGGUGAUGGCGGUAGCGGCGCAGGUAGCAGCUAUCUGAAGCUACUCCAUGGUUACUAACUGGCAAAUAAGAAUCCUCAGAUGUAAAUGAAGGCCCUCUUUCUGCUGUCAAAGACAACUAGCUCCUAGAAUUUCUGUAAUUGUCCUGACAGCAAUUGCCUCCUGUUCUAGCUGUUAUGUUUCUUACCCAUUAUUUUUUGUAUAUAAAAGAUUGUAUCUCUUUGAUAAUGUAUUACUGAACUUUUAUCUUCCCACCCUAUGCCUCUCAUAUAUUUAGAAAAAGGUAAAUAAAGUCUGUCGAGUGACUGGGCGAUCACGAAGGUUUUGUAUCGAGCCUUGUAACAUUAAGCAAUUAUAGUAAGACUAUU